GGUUACGCAAAAAUGUUGUUUAUGUUUAAUGUUUUUGAAAGCCCUUGAACGUAAAGUUUUGCCUCUUAACUAAACAUUUAUCAAUAUUACUCUGAACAUUUUCUGUCUCUAUUUUCUAGGGGAUGAUCCAUUGAAGUAAAUAACCUAGAAGAUCAUGCCUUGAAUAUCAAUUACUAUCUGUUAUUACAGGAAGUCGAUACAGCUCCAGAUCCCAGCUGCCCCCCUCGCCAGUCAUGUCAACUGGGAACAGCAGAAGGCCAAGAGGGGCUCGAUCGGAGUCCCAUCUCCUCUCUUCCUCCCCCAUCCCUUCGCGGGGAUCAAAUCCCGGACACUGGUUCAUUGGGAACAAGGGAAGUACGGUUAGGAGGGCGAAUAGAGGAGGGGGACAAAUGGGGGAUGAGGAAAGAGAGAGUUUAAGGAGUAGGUGUAUCAGCAGCGCCUCGGUCGCCGGGGGACUUGAUGAUCAGUAUCCAUACUGGGGGGUGUCAACCCCUAUCCCCGGGAGAAGUAAUAGCAGAAGCAGCAGUAGACAUAGAUCACGUGACAGCUGUGUGGUGUGCAAACAGCCGACAAGCGAGACAGUGGAUGAGGAUACUACACGAUCAGGGGACUCCUGGUCGCAAUUGUCGCGACAGUGUCUGGAUCAGAGAAGAGAAAGAGAGAGAAAGUGGGUGCAUGCUGACUGUAUGGACAGUGUGUGCCCUGUUUGUCACCAGGCUGUGUUCUGGAUGGAGGAAGUGAGUGUGGAGGGCCAGAGCUACCACAGACAGUGUGCCAAGUGCGCAUUCUGUCACAAGCCACUCUCAACACACUCGGCGCACACAAUCACCCAAGCAACGUACUAUUCUGAAACAGCAAAUAGCGAUAGAAGCCAAAGAGCAGACAGGUAUAGAAGAAGAGAAGAGGAAGGAAGACGUCGCCAAGUAUUGGUGUGUGCGGCGUGUCUGCGGAAGAAACAAGCACAGGAUAACAUGCAGGCACCAUCCACCACAGCCAUCAGUCAAAGGAAUACACAAUUGAGGACAGGGAGCGAAAUCGGUUUCAGAGGAAAAAUCUGGGAAGGAGAGGAAAACUUAAAGAAUAACUUCAAAAGCUACAAAUCGUCACAAAAACACUCAGGUCCAUCUGAAACAUCAGUAACAUCUGGCAACAGAGCAAAAGGAGAUCUCCUAGUGAAUUGGCAGCCGCACAGGGGACACAGAUACAGUACAGACACGCCCCCUAGUAGACGGUCACUGGGUAGUGUGUACCAAGCAGAUGUCUUACCCCCACCAUCCAAGAAAACCACCAACAUUCCACUAAACGGCACGACAGGAGAUCAAAAAGAGAGUUUGAGGAGAGAUCGGGGCAGUGCAGCCGGUGAAUCAAUGCGGAGACGUCGUAGCAACACAACGGGACCAGAAGAGUGCAUUUGUGCCAUGUGUGGGGGUGUGAUUGGCUGGGAUGAGUCACGUGAUGUGCUUAGGGGGAGAGAAGUCGCCCACUGGAAAUGUCUCAAACACAUUUGUCCAGUGUGUGUAGAAACUGUGCACGAGUUUGAUGGUUGGCGCUCACAUGGGCGAAUGUAUCACAGAGCCUGCUUCAAGUGUACAACUUGCGGUUCCCCCAUCGCAAAGGGGAGUGAGACGGUUAAGAGGAGCAGAGAGGGGGAGAGGCGAUUGUUCCACCAGUUGUGUGUCACCACAGCCGUUCUUAGAAACUGGACCGGAUGAAGCAGUAUAGUAGUAACUCAAGUGACUCUGAACCAGUCUAUACCAAUUGAAUGAAAAUGAAAUAGAAUAUCCUA